CGGAAGUAAGAGCCGGCGUCAGUGGGCAUCCGGCGCUGGACCGUGGCUCAUAACGGAGUGACCCUGAGGGGCCUGUGGCAACGGGAGAUGCGGGUUGUGAAGUAAAGUUUCUGGUUAGAGCUAUAUUGUCAGCUACAAUGUCUAAGUCUAAGAGUUCUGAGACGGUGCGAGUUGUAGUGCGCUGUCGACCCAUGAAUAGCAAGGAAUUGGCUGCUGGGCAUGAGAAAAUGGUUCAAGUGGAUGUAAAACUUGGUCAAGUGGCAGUAAAAAAUGCUAGAGGAUCUCCCAAUGAACCACCUAAAACUUUUACCUUCGAUGCUGUAUAUGAUUCUGAUUCCAAGCAGGUUGAUCUGUAUGAUGAAACAUUCAGACCUUUGGUGGACUCUGUCUUGCUUGGUUUCAAUGGAACAAUCUUUGCAUAUGGGCAGACAGGCACAGGGAAAACAUUCACUAUGGAAGGAGUAAGGGGUGAUCCAGAAAAGAGAGGUGUCAUACCUAACUCAUUUGAACAUAUAUUCACCCACAUCUCCAGGUCUCAGAAUCAGCAAUAUUUGGUGAGGGCUUCUUACCUAGAAAUCUAUCAAGAGGAAAUCAGAGACCUUCUUUCUAAGGAUCAAACCAAGCGCUUAGAACUGAAAGAGAGGCCUGACACAGGUGUUUAUGUUAAAGACCUUUCUUCUAUUGUCACCAAGAGUGUCAAGGAGAUAGAACAUGUUAUGAAUGUGGGGAACCUACACCGUUCAGUAGGAGCCACCAAUAUGAAUGAGCACAGUUCACGUUCUCAUGCAAUAUUUGUUAUCUUCGUUGAGUGUAGUGAGCUUGGUUUGGAUGGGGAGAAUCAUAUCCGUGCUGGAAAGUUAAAUCUGGUAGACUUGGCAGGUAGUGAAAGGCAGGCAAAGACAGGCGCACAGGGAGAACGGCUGAAGGAGGCUACAAAAAUUAACCUGUCGCUUUCAGCUUUGGGAAAUGUCAUCUCUGCCCUUGUCGAUGGAAAAAGUACCCAUAUCCCAUACAGGGAUUCCAAGCUUACUAGGUUACUGCAAGACUCACUGGGUGGCAAUGCAAAAACAGUUAUGGUGGCCAAUAUAGGACCUGCCUCCUAUAAUGUGGAGGAAACCCUGACAACCUUGCGCUAUGCCAACCGGGCUAAAAACAUAAAGAACAAACCUAGAGUAAAUGAAGAUCCCAAAGAAGCCUUACUUCGGGAAUUUCAGGAGGAGAUUGCAAGAUUAAAGGCACAACUUGAAAAGAAAGUAGUUGGUAAAAGGAGAAGACGAAGAAGAAGACCAGGAAGAGAGGGAGUAGGAGGGGGUGAAGAGGAUGAAAGUGACUCUUGCGAAGAUGAGGUGGAUGAUAAAGAUUAUUGGAGAGAGCAACAGGAGCGUCUGGAAACUGAGAAGAAAGCAAUCGUGGAAGAUCACAGUUUGGUUGCUGAAGAGAAAAUGAAGUUAUUAAAGGAAAAAGAGAAAAAAAUGGAUGAUCUGAAAAAAGAAAAGGAAGCCAUGGAAAUGCUGAGUGCCAAAGUCAAGUCCAUGGAAAGUAAACUUCUUGUGGGUGGUAAAAAUAUUGUGGACCACACAAAUGAGCAGCAGAAGAUUCUUGAACAAAAGAGGCAUGAAAUUGCAGAGCAGAAACGCCGCGAGCGAGAAAUGCAGCAGCAGAUGGAGAGUCGGGAUGAGGAAACCUUGGAGUUAAAAGAAACAUACAGCUCGUUACAACAAGAAGUUGAUAUAAAAACAAAGAAGCUUAAAAAGCUAUUUUCUAAGCUGCAGGCAGUGAAAGCGGAAAUCCACGACCUGCAAGAGGAACACAUCAAAGAGCGCCAGGAACUGGAACAGACACAAAAUGAGCUAACCAGGGAAUUAAAACUCAAACACCUUAUUAUUGAAAAUUUCAUUCCAAUGGAAGAAAAAAACAAGAUGAUGAAUAGAUCAUUUUUUGAUGAUGAGGAGGAUCAGUGGAAACUACAACCAAUAAGCAGACUAGAGAAUCAACAGAUGAUGAGGCGCCCGGUGUCUGCUGUGGGCUACAAGAGGCCGUUAUGUCAGCAUGCCAGGAUGUCAAUGAUGGUUAGGCCUGAGCCCAGACACAGGGCAGAAAAUAUUGUACUUUUGGAAUUGGACAUGCCAAGCCGCACCACACGAGAUUAUGAGGGUCCUACUGUUGCUCCCAAAGUCCAGGCUGCUUUAGAAGCAGCUCUUCAAGAUGAAGAUGACAUACAAGUUGAUGCAUCAACAUUUGAAAGCACAUCCAGCAAGAAAUCAAAAGCUAGACCUAAAUCUGGCAGACGAUCUGGUGCUUCCAGUGCCUCUGCUGGAUCUCCCCUCUUCCCACAGUCCCGUGGCCUGGUUCCCAAAUAACGUGCAGGAAGAAUUCUGUUGCCUGGACUAGUGUUAACUGGGGACUGAAAUCUCACAAUAUAAAAUGAUGCAUGGCGACUUUGUGAAGGAUUUUAGCUAUAUGGUGGCAUACAGUGGCGUGGGUCAUGACUGAGCCAUCUUUAAUGUCUGUUGGUAUUUGUCAGUUUUACCUGAAUGUAUAUGAAGGUUUUUUUUCUUUUAAAUCUUGAUUACAGGGAGACUAAACUCGAACAAAAAUAUCUUGCAUAUGAAAAAGCACUACUUGAACAGGUUAAAAUACAUCAUGAAACAUGUUUAUCUUGAUUUACAAACUAACAGGAAGUGCAUGUCUAUGUACAUUGUGUUUGUGGAACAGAUUGCUAACUGGCUGAUGAGGACAACCCCACAACUCUAUUGUUGGUAAAAAUAAGCACAUGAACAUUUGUUGUUCAAAAAAGUGGAUUACAUUUUAAAAUACCCUCUGUUAGAUGCAACAAAUUAACUUUAAUGUCCUUUUAAUAUUCUGACAAUAUACAUUGAUCCAGGGCCUAGCCUGCUUUAGUGUCCAGUUCUAGAGCUGAAUAAUGUUGCCCAUGUGUGUUAACUUGUCAAUAGACAUAGAAGAAUGACCUUUUAUCAGGCUGUGAGUGCUGCUUAGUAUACGUGAGGCCACUGAAUGCUUCAUGUAUGUAAUAAGCUGGGGCAUACAAAUUCCUCUGUCCCUAAACAUGUAGUGUACAUACCUAUUUAUUUGUACUUUUCUUUACUGAUGUGAAUGUAAAUCUAACAAUAAAAAUCUGAUCCUUCCUGCAACUGCUUAUUGCCAGAGUGGAGGGAAAAAUGGAAGGUCAGGUCACUACCGACCAAGCUAACAUAAAGUGCAGUGUGCUCCUUACUAUUGUACACACUCACCACCCCGCACACUAUCAGACAAUGCUCGGGUGCACUACAAGAUACACUAUUACUUCAUGGUAAGGGCCAUGUGUCCCUGUAAAGCAAUCGCACCACUUGGCACAGUAUCUGAAAAUAAGAGCACCAUCUCAUAGUGAAGCACUUUACUAUAAUGCACUAAUAAUGGAUAAUUCACGUCUUGCCUCCUUAAAGGGACAUUAUACACUUACUCUAUAAACAUUGUGUUUGUCCAAUUCUUUCUAGAGACACUAAAAGCAAAUUCUGUCACCUAGAUCUUUCUUCAAAAUACUGCAAAUCACACAUGUAAUUUGCAACAUUUUGAAGAAAAUCUAGUUAGAGUUUGCUUUUUGGAUACUUUAGGGAGUCUGGGACAAGUACAAUUCUUAUACAAAAGCAAGAGAUCUUUAAUGUCCUUUUAAUGUCCUUUUUAUUCCAAAUUUUAACCAACCAUCAUGUUCUGGUACAUGUUUUGCUUUCAUGCAGAGGGGUGUUAUAUUAGAGAUGUCUGCAGUUUAAAGGGACACCCAGCUGUGUUAAUUUUACAGAACGUUAAACUCUGUACAUAAUGUUAUAAGCAGAAAAUAUGUGACACUUGUAUAUAAAUAAGCUCAUAGGAUAUCAAGCACUAUAUAGAAGAUCCAGACUUGCACUUAUAUUGUCAGUGAAAUUCAGUGUGUUAUGUAACAUAACCAUUUAUGUAUUCUAACAGAUUGUCUACAUGUAUUGUGUCCAAACUGGAUAUUCUCUCAUACUUUAAAAACAAAUAACAAAAAACAUUAGUAUUAUGUUUUUUUUUAAUCCCUUAACUUCCUCAGGGGCAAAAUAAAUACCAGAAACAAAA